AUUUCACUUUAGACGUUCUCUCACACACUCACAUGCUCUUUCUUUUUUCUCUCACCCUGCCUUCCAAACAUUUUGUGUCUCUGACUAAAUUAGUGCUUAAAAGCAACACCAAUCUGUACUUUUGAGGCUAAAGUGGCUGAAAAACAUUACUUCCUUCUCUCUUGACUAUCACUCAGAAAGAGAGAAGUAUUCUGGCAUAAGCAGCAACACCAGCAAAGGAGAAGUAACAAAAUGUUGUCAUUCAAGGCACUGAUCUUGGCUGUUUUGAUUUCAACUGCAUUGGCAGGACAAUGGAAUAGCAUAUGUGCUGGGAAUCCUUCUAAUAUUAUCAGGAGCUGUGAUAGACAUGGAUGUGGACACUUUGGUGCCUCUAGGAGCCAAAGAACGCACAAUGGAGUGGAUGUAGAAUGUACAGAUGGAUCAACUGUGUAUGCUCCUUUCACUGGAAAGAUUAUUCGUCAAGUGAAACCUUAUAACAAUAAUAAUGCAAUUAAUAAUGGCGUACUGAUGUCUGGAGGAGGUUUCUGUGUCAAAAUAUUCUACAUAAAACCAAUUAAAUAUAAUGGUUCUAUCAAAAAGGGAGAGAAACUAGGAGUUCUAUUGCCUAUGCAGAGGGUUUAUCCUGGUAUCCAGUCACAUAUACACAUCCAGAAUUGUGACCUGAGUGAUCCUACUGGUUAUUUGUAAAUGGAAAGAUGAAGACAAUUUUUUUUAACAACAGCAGCAGCUUAUUAAACUUUUUCCCCUGCAAUCUAUUUGCUUUUCACUGAACUCGUGGUCAUAUAAGAAGCUGGUCAUAGUGCAUCAACAUUUUGUUCACUUGAUGUUGUUAGGGAAGCCUUUUUUUUUUUUUUCUAUACUUUCUAUCCUAUUUGUUUGCCACUAAUGGGAUUUUGGGUACCUUUCCUUUACUCUUUUUAAUUUUUUUCUAAGGCAUAUCUGAAAUAAAUAA